CAGCUUCUGCCCAUCAUGGUCCUGUUGCUCCAGGCAGCAGCAAUAAUCCUGCUGCUUGCCUCCCUGCCUGGAUCACUCUCUACUCCAUCACAGCAUCUGUGCGGCUCCAACCUGGUGGACGCGCUUUACCUUGUGUGUGGGCCUAGAGGCUUCUUUUACUCCAGCAGAAACAGGAGGGACUUGGAGACAUUGCUGGCCUUGCUCUCAAAUUUAGCAGAUUAUGAGGUAGCCGAGGCCGAUCCAUUAAAACAGGUGAUGAUGAAGAUGAAGAGAGGGAUUGUGGAACGGUGCUGCCACAGGCCCUGCACCAUCUACCACCUGGAGGACUACUGCAGCUGAACAAGCAGAAAUGCUACGUCAAGGUCAAAGAUUUUAAUAAAUGAUCAUUACAUGCAAGAACAAAGUGCUUGAUUGUUUGCUUGUCAUUUUUGAACGGAAGCUUGUAGUAUGAGGAAGGUUUCUCUGAAAGUAUAUUAAACGACAGUUCUGGGUUUCCUUGUGCUCUAGCACCCUCUGCUGGAACAUGCAUAAUAUUAGGCUCUCAAACUGAUGAGAAAUGCAUGUUUAGAGUAAUACAAUGUGUUAAUUAUGGUAUAAAAAAAAUCCAAUGACAAAGCAGAGAGAGAGAGAAAAGCAAGUAUUUUAUUUAAA